AUGUCCCAGCAAGCGACCUCAGCCACGUCAUGGGCUGCCCCGCCCAGCGAGAAGUCCCUGGAUCUCGCCGAAAAGCAUUUGAACAUCGAGCCCGAGACCAACGCCGAGGUUGCGGCUCGGGCAUGGAAAAAGGUGGACUUGCGUGUCAUGUCCGUAUCUGUACUCUUGUACCUAGCUUCCUACAUCGACCGUGCCAAUAUAGGGAAUGCGAAGGUCCUUGGAAUGGCAAAAGAUCUCAAUCUCUCAGCCGACGAAUAUAACUGGGCGCUGUCCAUAUUCUUCAUUGGAUAUGUUGUUUUUGAGACCCCUUCCAACAUCAUUCUGAAACGUCUACGCCCGCGAAUAUACAUCCCAAAUCUUGUUAUCAUAUGGGGUGUCGUUUGCUGCCUUGUAUCGACUGUCAAAAGUGCCUCUGGAUUGUUAGCCGUCAGAUUCUUCUUGGGACUCGCUGAAGCUGGCUUUCUACCCGGUCUGAUAUAUUGGAUCGGUUGCUGGUAUCCGCGGCCGAUGCAAGGCACCCGCUUCGCGGUCCUGUACUCGUCUGUUAGUCUGACAGGGGCAUUCGGCGGCUUGUUGGCUACAGGUAUCAACUCCGCCGGUGGGUCGUUUGGGUUAGCCGGGUGGAAGUGGAUCUUCAUCGUGGAGGGCACCAUCACGAUUGGUUUCGGAUUACUGUCGUGGCUUUUCAUGUCAGAUUACCCGGAGACAGUAUCUUGGCUUACCGACGAGGAGCGGGAAAUUGUCAUCCGUGCCAACGAAGCAGAUCGCGCGCUACAUGCAAUGGAAUCCUUCAACAAACGCCAGAUCAUCACUGCCUUCACCGAUUACCGAACAUAUCUCUGGGGCUUCAUCUACUUCUUAACAUAUAUACCAGUCUAUUCGGUCGUUCUCAGUCUACCGAGCGUGGUCGUCGGCCUCGGAUACCAGGGGACGACGGCUACUCUGAUGGCUUGCCCGCCUUACGCAUUCGGUUUCGUCAUCGUUCUAUUGGCCGGGUACAGUUCGGAUCGCACAAGGGAUCGUUAUUACCAUUUUAUCCUCGGAUGCCUGGUCGCAAUGAUUGCAUUGAUCGUCCUCAUGACCGUCAAGUCGGACAAGGUGCGCUACGGGAUGUUCUUCCUUGUGAGUAUUACAUGGAUUAUGAUGUUCAUGUUUGUGCCGAUCUCCAUCAGCUGGUCGUGGCUGGCGAACAAUGUGGCUAGCACAAAUAAGAGGGCGGCAGCAACAGCUGUAGUUUUCAGCAUGGGAAACAUUGGAGGGGCCAUUUCAGGUCAAAUAUACCGAGCCGAAUGGGCUCCACGCUAUGUGAAGGGGCAUGCUAUCAACCUCGGCUGCUACUGCGGGGCACUCGUCGCCGUCACCUUACUGUGGAUAAGCUACAAGCAUGAUAAUGCUCGGCGAGACCGUGAAGCAGGAGAGCGGAUAUCUCGCAAAAGCGACAUGCUCGGGGAGGAUCUAGGGGAUUUGGGCGAUCGGUAA